AACUCAAACGCAACGUAACACCUUACACAUCUAACGUUUUGGGCUUCCCUCCCACUGUACCACUCAUGUAGCUGACCCUAUCAAAAGUAGCUUGGCCCAUUGUAGGGAUAAUAAGAAACCCAAGAUUGUAAGAUACGAAACUAAAAGUAGUCCAAAGCCUAACCAGAAAAUGGCCCAUACCCACAACAAACCCUAGAAAUCAGAUAUAAAAGCCAUCAGCUAGGGUUUUAAGAGCUGCCACGCUAAUCCUCUUCUUUGAGAACCAGCGAGGGAGGAGAAAUCCAGAGGAACAAUGCCGGCUGGUCAUGGUCUCAGGUCGCGAACUAGGGAUCUGUUCUCCAGACCCUUCAGGAAGAAGGGUUACAUCCCGUUGACGACAUAUCUGAGGACUUACAAGAUCGGCGACUACGUCGACGUCAAGGUGAACGGCGCCGUUCAUAAGGGUAUGCCCCACAAGUUCUACCAUGGCCGAACCGGUCGCGUCUGGAACGUCACCAAGCGCGCCAUCGGAGUCGAGAUCAACAAGCAGGUGGGGAACAGGAUUAUUAGGAAGAGGAUCCAUGUGAGAGUGGAGCAUGUUCAACCUUCAAGGUGCACUGAGGAAUUCAAGCUCAGGAAGGCAAAGAAUGACCAACUGAAGGCAGAAGCUAAGGCAAAAGGAGAGGUCAUUAGCACCAAGAGACAACCUGAGGGUCCCAAGCCUGGUUUCAUGGUGGAAGGUGCUAAGUUGGAGACUGUAACUCCUAUUCCAUAUGAUGUUGUUAAUGAUCUCAAGGGCGGUUAUUAGAUCUUCCUCUUUUGUUUUUGUUUAUUUGCAGCAAAAAAUUUGGGCUUGAGUAGUUUGAUUGUCUGCUUUCUUUAGUAUUUUACAUUUCAUCAAAUAUGUUAGAUUACUGUCUUUCAAUUUUGAGACAAUGGAUGUUUUCAAUUGAGCACUUGUUUGUCGACAUAUGACAUUCACUUUCUAAACCAUAUUUUGUUAUCUAAGUGAGUGUUUCUUUGGUACUCGAUUAUUUACCU